AUGGAGAAAUCUACUGAAGUUACUGCUGCUUUCACCAAGGCCCUUCCAAAGAUAGAGCUUCAUGCACACUUAAGUGGAAGCAUAACACGGGAAUGUCUUCGGGAAAUAUGGCUGCGUAAAAGGGAACGAGACUCCGAUUUACAAAUUCCCGACCCAAUGAUAGCCAUGCCGCCGGGGAAAGUUGACUAUUCUUUGAAGACGUUCUUUCAGGUCUUUUCCAAUUUGAUCUAUCUGCUAUGUAGUGACCUAGAAAGCCUACGCUAUUCCACCAGACGCGUUCUUCAAGACUUUCAGGAUGAUGGAGUGCGAUAUCUUGAGCUGAGAACAACGCCUCGAGAAAGCCAAGAGCAUGGAAUCUCGAAAGAAAAGUACGUCUCUACAGUUCUCGAGGUUAUAGAUGAGUUCAAGAACGAGGCAAUGUCGACAUAUCUUAUUUUAUCCGUUGAUCGUACGAAAUCAGCCGCCGAAGCUGAAAUCGUUGUGGACCUUGCUAUUCAGUUUAAACACCGUGGGGUCGUCGGGGUUGAAUUAGGUGGGAACCCUUCAAAAGGAGACGUAUCCAUCUUUAAAGCUGCAUUUUCCAAAGCAAAACAAAACGGAUUAGGUGUUACUUUGCACUUUGCAGAGGUAGAGUUCUCGUCGUCGCCGAGGGAGCUUACGACAUUACUCUCUUUUCAACCCGAUAGGCUUGGCCAUGUAAUCAACGUCCCUGACGAUAUCAAAGACGAGAUUGUUCGGCGCAAGUUAGGGCUUGAACUAUGUUUAUCGUGUAACGUACAUGCAAAACUAAUUACAGGAAGCUACCCAGAUCAUCAUUUUAGCUACUGGAGGCACAAGGAGUGCCCCAUAAUCCUCUGCACUGAUGAUGUGGGCUUUUUUUGCAGCCCAGUGUCUAACGAAUAUUUGCUAGCGGCGGAGAAUUUCAACCUUGACCGUUCUAUCUUGUUUGAAAUUUGUAGGAAAGGAGUUGACAGUAUAUUCGGAGGCCCCCAAGAAAAGGCACGAUUAUACAGGCUGAUUGACAGCUUCGAAGAACAUCAUCAAAAAUGA